CCAUCAUCCAAGCUUUGCGCUCGCCAGUUCACUCAUGUAUGAUCAGAGGGCUCAACAGAAUCUCUGCAGCUUGUAAUAAUUGUAGGGGCGGGGCGGAAAGGUCUUGCUGCAUGGGAGUUCAAGACCUUUUGUGACACUUCAGCGCUGAUCAAGCAUGGCGAAGAAGAAAGGUGGCGGACGUGGAGACGAUGACGACGAGCACGACGAGGUUGAGGCGGCGGCUGCAGGGCAGCCUGCAGGUGGUAAAGGCAAGAAGAAGGGGAAGCGGGGGAAGGGGAGGGACGACUUUGAUGACGAUUUCAAAGUUGAGCCAGAGGAAGGGCAGGAAGGUCACGUAGCCGACGAGGGCGAUGCUAAUGAGAGUGUUGAAGGGAGUGCAAAGGGCGCAGUCCCUGCAAAGUCAGCUGCCGGUGGGAAGAAGAAGAAGGGCAAGAAGGGGCGCGGAAAUGAUGACUCUGAUGACGACUUUGCUGUGCAACCAGAGGAGGAGGAGACCGAGCCUGCAGGUGCGAAGCAGGGGAAGAAAGGGAAGAAGGGGAAGAAGGGCCGAGGAGACGAUGACUUUGAUGAGGACUUCAAGGUGGAUAUUGAGGACGAUGCAUCUGAGGUUGCUUCUGAGGCCCCCUCUGCAGGGGGCGCAGUUCCCAAAGGGAGGGGCAAGAAGAAGGAUAAGAAGAAGGGGCGCCGGGCGGGGGACUGGAGCGACGAAGAUGAAGAGGAGGUGGCGCCAGCUAAGAAAGAGGCACCUCCUGCCAAGGCCAAAGCUGGCGCAAAGAAGGCGGCGUCUACUUUUGCGCUGUUGAACAUUGAUGACGAGGAUGAGGAGGAUGAGGAGGAAGAGGAAAUUCAGAAGCCAGCGGCAAAUGGGAAGGCAAAGGGUGGGGCUGGGAAAAAGGCGGUGUCGUUUGCUGCACUUCAGGACGAAGAGAGCGAUGAGGAGGAAGAGGAAGCUCCGAAACCCUCCAAGAAACUGAACGGUUUCGCCGGUUUAUCGCUGGAGGAUACAGAGGAUGACGCAGAACCGUGCCUAGUGGUCGGCGAAAUUGAGUCCGUUGAGAAGAUCAAGAAGGCAGACAAGUUGCGGCUGUGCCAUGUCAACGUCGGCUCGGACGAACCCCUACAGAUUGUGUGCGGAGGGAAGAAUGUGAGGGAGGGGUUGAAAGUGAUUGUGGCGCGGGUUGGGAGCAGAAUACCGUCAAGCGGGAUGCUGAUUCAGAAAACCACGAUCAAGGGGGUGGAGAGCUACGGGAUGAUCUGUGGGGCGGCUGAGAUGGGGUGGGAAGGCCCUGCUGACGAGGCGAUCGAACUGGGGGAUGAGGCGGCAGUAGGGGAGAAGGCGUCGCCGACAAGGCCUCUUCGUGAAGAAGAGGACGAGGAAGCGGUUUCGUUUUCAGGGUUGAAGAAGAAGGUUGCGCCGAAGGUGGGUGAGAUGGAGCAGGGCUCGCAUGAAGAGCUGGUGUUUGCAGGGAAGAAGAAGAAGAAGGGGGGAAAGCCUGCGCCUGUUGUGGAAGACGAGGAGAGCGAAGAAGAAGCGCCGGUGUUUGCGGGGAAGAAAAAGAAGGGAAAGAAGGAGGCCCCUAAGCCGGUGGCGGAUGAAAAAAACGGGGAGGAUGAAGAGGAGAGUGCAGUCUUUGCCGGGAAGAAGAAGAAGAAGGGAAAGAAGGCGCCCUCGGACGAUUUUGACAAGGACUUUGAGGUCGAGCCGGAGGUACCCGCUGAAGAGGAGGAGGACGAGGGGGUUGUUUUUGCGGGGAAGAAGAAAAAGAAGGGGAAGAAAGCACAACACGACUUUGACAAGGACUUUGAGGCCGAUGCGGUCGAGCCUGCGGAGGAAGAGGACAGCGAGGCGGUGGUGUUUGCGGGGAAGAAGAAGAAGAAGGGGAAGAAAGCUGCCCAAGACGAUUUUGAUAAGGACUUUGAGAUGGAAGACAGUGCGGGAGCGCCCGAACCUGCGCCGGUCGCAGCGCCGGAACCGAUGGUUGUGGAGAAGAAGGGGAAGAAGGGCAAGGACAAGAAGGAGGACGAGGACAUUGAGGCGCUUCUGGCCCAGUUGGAGGCGCCUAAGAAGGAGGACGAGGAAGGCGCCGGGUCGAAGAAGAAAAAGAAGAAGGGCAAGAAAGGCAAGGACGAAAAGGAAGAGGAAGACAUCGACGCCAUUCUGGCGGAGCUUGAGGGGCCCAAGAAGGAAGAAGCGCAGCCAGCGCCAGGUGUUGCGCCUGCUCCUGCCGUUGAGGAGACUGGGCCUUCGAAAGCGGAAGAGGCUGAGCUGUCUGCGGCGGCGGCCGGAGAAGGGGAGGAGAAGGAAGGGGAUGAGGGGCUGUCUGCGGCGGCAAAGAAGAAGAAGAAGAAGAAAGAGAAGGAGAAAGAGAAGAAGUCGGCCGACAAGGCUGCCGUGGUUGAGGACGAGGGCGCCAAAGAGGAGGAGGCGAAGAAAAAGAAGGCUGCCGCGGAUAAGAAGCUGCCGCUGCACGUGCGGCAGAUGCAGGAGCGGUUGGCCAAGCUUCAAGCGGAGGAGGAGCGCAAGAAGAAAGAGGAGGAGGAGCGGCGGCGCAAAGAGGAGGAGGAAGCUGCCCGGCUGGCUGAGUUGGAACGGCAGAAAGAGGAGGCCAAGUUGCGAAAAAAGCAGAAAGAAAAGGAGAAGCGCGAGCAGCUGAAGAAGGAGGGCAAGCUGCUGACGGGCAAGCAGAAGGAGGAGGCCAAGCGGCUCGCAGCGGUGCGCGAGCAGAUGCUCAAGCAGGCAGGGGUGAAGCUCGACGGGGACGAGGCCGCGCCCAAGAAACAGAAGGUGGUGUACGGCACCAAGAAGUCUCGGCAACCGUCCAAGCAAGCUGCGGAAGCAGCGCCCAAGGAGGUCUCCCCGGAACCGGUGCCGGCCCCCGAGCCAGAGCCAAUGGAAGAGGAGGCGCCGGAGCCUGUCCAGGAGGAGGUUCCGGCGGAGAAGGUCCCCGAACCCCCGGCAGAGGAGGAAGAGUCGGAAGAGGAGGACUGGGAUGCCAAGAGCUGGGACGAGGCAGAGGUUGACAAGACGCUCAAGAAGACGGGGGCGUUCAGGGACGAGGAAGAGCACGACACCCCCGCACGCGUCGCUUCUCCAAAGCCCGCCAAAAAAGAAGAAGCCAAACCGGCGAAAAAAGACGAGCCCGCCAAGCCCGCCGCCAGCCGGCCGGCGAUCCUCCACAAAGCAGGGCCCCGGAAGCAGCCGGCCGAAGAAUCUUCCUCUGACGAAGAAGACAGCGAGACCGAGUCGGAGGAGGAGUCGAGUGAGGACGAAGUAGACGAGAGGAGGAGGGCCGAGGCGCGCAAGCGGCGGGAGGCGCGGAUGAAGGAGGCGAUGGCGAAGCGGGACGAGAACGACCUGCGGUCGCCCAUCUGCUGCAUCUUGGGCCACGUGGACACGGGCAAGACGAAGCUGCUGGACCGCAUCCGAAAUACCAACGUGCAGGAAGGCGAGGCUGGGGGUAUCACCCAGCAGAUCGGCGCCACCUUCUUCCCGAUGGACGCCAUCAAGGAGCGGACCAAGGAGCUCAAGUCGGAUGCAACCCUCAAGGUUCCCGGGCUGCUCAUUAUCGACACGCCCGGUCACGAGUCGUUCACGAAUCUGCGGUCGCGCGGGUCCGGCCUGUGCGACAUCGCCAUCUUAGUUGUGGACAUCAUGCACGGCCUGGAGCCGCAGACCGUUGAGUCGAUCAACCUGCUGAAGAUGCGCAAGACGCCCUUCAUCAUUGCGCUCAAUAAGGUGGACCGUCUGUACGACUGGAAGGUGCAGUCCAACGCGCCCAUCCGGAACGCGCUCAAAAUCCAGCCCGAGCACGUGCGCAAGGAGUUCGACCAACGAGCAGCCGAGGCGAUUGGGAUGCUCCAGGAGCAGGGCCUGAACAGCGCGCUGUACUGGAAGAACAACGACCCGCGGCGCGUGAUCAGCAUCGUGCCGACGAGCGCCAUCAGCGGGGAGGGCAUCCCGGACAUGCUGCUGCUGCUGGUGCAGAUGACGCAGAAGAUGAUGAGCGAGAAGCUCAUGUUCCUCUCCGAGACGCAGUGCACGGUGCUGGAGGUGAAGGCCGUUGAUGCCUCUGGCAGGUCGACUUUCGCACAAAAAGCUUCUGAAGCCUCCUCCUUUUUGGAAAAUAUAGCCCACAGGUCGUUGAUUGUUUCUUCCCUCGCACAGUGCACGGUGCUGGAGGUGAAGGUGAUCGAGGGCCUGGGCACGACGAUCGACGUGGUGCUCGUCGACAGCAAAUUUCAAGGCGUUUGCAACUUUCAAAUUGAGGACCGUCCAGUGUUGACAUCCCGCGAGUUUCUUCUGCAGUGCACGGUGCUGGAGGUGAAGUGCACGGUGCUGGAGGUGAAGGUGAUCGAGGGCCUGGGCACGACGAUCGACGUGGUCCUGGUCAACGGCGUGCUCCACGAGGGCGACACGAUCGUGGUGUGCGGCCUGCAGGGGCCCAUCAAGACGUCCAUCCGAGCGCUGCUCACGCCGCACCCCAUGAAGGAGCUCCGGGUCAAGGGGUCGUACGUGCACCACAAGGAGCUGAAGGCCGCCCAGGGGAUCAAGAUCACGGCGCAGGGCCUCGAGUCCGCGGUUGCGGGCACACAGCUCUACGUGGUCGGACCCGAUGACGACGUGGAUGACGUCAUGGACGAGGCGAUGCAGGACAUGAACAGCAUCCUGUCGCGGGUGGACAAGAGCGGCGAGGGCGUCUGUGUGCAGGCAUCCACGCUGGGGUCCCUGGAGGCGCUGCUGGAGUUCCUCAAGAGCCCGGACGUGAACAUCCCGGUGAGCGGCAUCAACAUCGGGCCCGUGCACAAGAAGGACGUGAUGCGCGCGAGCGUCAUGCUGGAGCGCAAGCGCAAGGAGUUCGCGUGCAUCCUCGCGUUCGACGUGAAGGUCACGCCCGAGGCGCGCGACAUGGCUGAGGAGCUGGGGGUCAAAGUGUUCACUGCGGACAUCAUUUACCACCUGUUCGACCAGUUCACGGCGUACAUGGGCAACAUCAAGGCGGAGAAGCGCGCGGAGGCGGCGGAGGACGCGGUGUUCCCGUGCAUCCUCAAGAUCCUGCCGCAGUUCGUCUUCAUGAAAAAGGACCCCAUCAUCCUCGGCUGCGACGUCGUGGCCGGUAUCGCCAAGGUCGGCACGCCCAUUUGCGUCCCCUCGAAGGGCACUAUCGACAUCGGCAAAAUUGCGUCCAUAGAAAUGAACCACAAAGCGGUGGAUACAGCCAAGAAGGGCCAGAGCAUAGCGCUCAAGAUUCAGAGCACGAACGCGGAAGAGGCGCAGAAGAUGUACGGGCGGCACUUUGACAAGGACGACGAACUCGUGAGCCACAUCUCGAGAAAGAGCAUCGACCUCCUUAAGGAGAAUUAUCGGGACGACCUUACUAGGGACGACUGGAUGCUCGUGGUGAAGUUGAAGAAAAUGUUCGAGAUCCAAUAGCAUUAGCUUCAAAGUUCAGGGGUCAUAGUUGACCAUGAGUUUGGAACGCCAGCUCGUCUUUCGUAGAUGCAGAAGUAGGCAUUUCUUUUGGUCCUAUCAAACUUUUGCGUGUUCGUCAUUACGAAAUCAUUUUGCCUGGUC